AGAACCAACCGUAGAGGCGGGGCCAGUUUUGCUUAGCACCCAGGCGAGAGAGAGAGAGAGAGAGACAGGGAAUAGUCACGCGGCGCCGGGUAAACUGGUAAAGGCAGGAAAGGAGCGCAAGAAGUCGGGACCAGAGGAAGCAGUACAAAUUACCGAUGGAUUUUGGGACUGAACUGAAGGGAUGUGUUUGCCGGAUCAACAACUGCGCCAUCGAACUCUUCUCCAUGGAGGAGGAUUUGGAGAUUGAAGACGAAGACUCAUGGGACCUGGUUGGGAGGGACCUCCGUCUGAAGGCCACCUUCAUGUAUAUUGACCUCAGCCGUGUGAUCUCCUCCUGUGAGAGCGAUGAGCGCAAGAAGACGCUCACCGGCCUAGCCAACAAGUUCUUCUACUUCAUGGACGAGUUGGGCAAUGCGGUGAAGGACAGAAGCGCCCCCCUGGUGCAGGUGUGCUACAGAGACACAGCUCAUGUUCUUCGCGAGGUGGUGGCCGCCCUUGAGCCGUCCCAUUAGUCUGCCAUUCGUGCUGAGAAAGCUGUAAGAUCUGGGAGGUUCGCAGUUCUUGGAAGCAAGAAAUUGCCCAAAAACCUGUACAAAGAGGAUAGGCCAACAUGAGGGGCCUAUGUAAUGUACAUAUCGUUAAACGGCUGUGGAGCCGAAGCAAUCUAAAUGAUUAGUGUCUGGUUUGCCCCAUGGAUUGAGGUGUUCCUGUCAAGUUUAUUUUUUUUCAGUUCUGCAUGUUGCUUGCGUCUAGCACGGUGGUAAAAGACCUCCUGGAGUGCGGCUACCAAGCAGGGCUUGCUUCCUGUUUCUAAGAAAAAAGCCACCUCGCUGCGUAUACUUGCGUGCAAGUUGGCAUGUUCGUUGGGUAUACCUUGCAUUGCGCAAGCCGGAGUUCGGGGCCUUUCCUCAACGUUACAAUGCAAUGCCUUCACGUUGUCUCCACCAUGUGAUUGAGUUAUUAUUAUUAUUAUUAUUAUUAUUAUUAUUAUUAUUAUUAUUA